AAACCAAACCCAGAUUUUUUUAAAGAAAAAAAAAAUCAAAAUUCAACCAAACCCAAAUCCGGAUUCAAAUUCUAGCCGAUCCAUUUCAUCAUUUUCCUUUUUCUCUGAUUGGUUACCAAGAAAAUAUACGAUUAUUAAACGAAAAAUAGACUCUUUUAUCGACGUUGAUUGACCCACCCAAAUUUUUAUUCGGAUCUUAACCCAAAUUUCUCCUCCAUAAUUCAAGCUCGGAUCCAAUUUCUCAUUUUAUCUUUUUCCCGUUUCUGUCAUCUGCAAAACCCAAACCCUCAUACCUUCUCGGAUCCUCCGAUCGGACCCGCCUGUGGAGCCAAGUUUUUUUCUCUGCUGGAUAAUCUGGGCUUUGGCUCGUCGUAAACCGAUUCGAUGGAAGUUGCGAAUGAAACGGUCAUUAAGAAACCGAAGAGGUUGACUUCGGUUGUAUGGAAUCACUUCGAAAGGGUUAGGAAAGCCGACUUAUGCUAUGCGGUAUGCGUUCAUUGUAACAAGAAAUUAAGUGGAUCGAGUAACAGUGGAACCACACAUCUGAGGAAUCACUUAAUGCGGUGUUUAAAAAGGUUUAACUAUGAUGUUUCUCAGCUCCUUUCCGCAAAGAAAAGGAAAAAAGAAAGCACCCUUACGAUAGCAAAUAUCAGUUACGAUGAAGGGCAAAGAAAAGAAGAAUAUUUGAAGCCAACUAUUGUCAAGUAUGAACCGGAACAGAGAAAGGAUGAAGUUUUCAAUGUUCAAAGCAGUUGGUUCGAUCAAGACAGGAGUCGCUUAGAUCUUGCUCGUAUGAUUAUAUUGCAUGGCUACCCUUUAGCCAUGGUUGAGCAUGUUGGGUUUAAGGUAUUUGUCAAGAAUUUACAGCCACUGUUUGAUGUUGUGCCGAAUAGUACUGUUGAGCUUUCUUGUAUGGAAAUUUACGGGAAGGAGAGACAGAAAGUUCAUGAUAUGUUGAGUAAAUUGCAAGGCAGAAUUAACCUCGCGGUUGAGAUGUGGUCAUCGCCAGAAAACACUAACCAUGUAUGCAUGAUGGCGCAUUACGUCGGUGAUGAUUGGAAACUACAAAAGAAGAUUCUUAAUUUUGUUACACUUGAUUCUUCUCAUACUGAUGACUUGCUUUCUGGAGUAAUUAUCAAGUGUUUGAUGGAUUGGGAUAUAGGCUCUAAGUUGUUUGCCGUGACGUUGGAUGAUUUUUCUACUAAUGAUGAUAUCGUUCUGAGAAUAAAAGAGCAGAUCUCGGAGAACAAGUCUCGUCUAAGCAACGGUCAAUUAUUAGAUGUGCGCUCAGCUGCACAUGUUCUAAAUUCAAUUGUUCAAGACGCCAUGGAAGCUCUCCGAGUGGUGCUUCAAAAGAUUCGAGGAACUGUUCGAUAUGUUAAAAGUUCCCAAUCAAUACAAGGGAAGUUCAAGGAGAUGGUCUUGCAAACUGGAAUCAAUAGCCAGAAGAACUUGGUUCUUGAUUGUCCUAUCCGAUGGAAUUCAACAUACCUAAUGCUCGAGGCUGCUAUAGAAUACAGGAAUGCUUUCUGUCAGUUGCCAGAUCUUGAUCUUGACCUUGCUUUAAGCGAUGAAGAGUGGGAAUGGGCAAGUUCCAUUACCGGCUAUUUGAAACUAUUUGUCGAAAUCAUCAAUGUCUUCUCCAGCAACAAAUGUCCCACGGCAAAUAUAUAUUUUCCGGAAAUUUGUCAUGUUCACAUCCAAUUGAUUGACUGGUGCAAGAGCCCCGAUAAUUUUCUUAGUUCAUUAGCAGCAAAGAUGAAAGCCAAGUUCGAUAAAUAUUGGAGCAAAUGCAGUUUGUCUUUGGCAGUAGCAGCUAUCUUAGAUCCCCGAUUCAAGAUGAAAUUGGUGGAGUAUUACUACUCCCAGAUUUACGGCAGUACUGCAUUGGAACGAAUCAAAGAAGUCUCGGAUGGUCUUAAGGAACUAUUUAAUACAUACUCUAUUUGCUCAACUUUGAUGGAUCAAGGUUCAGCUUUGCCGCUCGGUAGUUUACCUAGCAGUAGCAAUGACGGUAGAGAUAGACUAAAGGGCUUUGACAAAUUCCUUCACGAGACAUCUCAAAGUCAAACUGCAAUAUCAGACUUGGAAAAAUAUUUAGAUGAGCCUGUCUUUCCUCGUAACUGCAAUUUCAAUAUAUUGAAUUGGUGGAGAGUUCACACUCCAAGGUAUCCAAUCUUGUCAAUGAUGGCACGAGAUGUUCUCGGAACUCCUAUGUCCACCGUCUCACAAGAGUCAGCAUUCCACGCUGGAGGUAGGGUGCUCGAUAGUUGUAGAUGUCCACUGACUCCCGAGACUCAACAGGCUUUGAUAUGCACACAAGAUUGGUUACGGAUACAAUCGGAUGACCCCGGUCCAUCUUCAAGUCAUUAUGCUCUACCCCUUUAUGUCGAAACAAAUUGAUUUGUUCUUGGUACAUAAUAGGCCUUGGUCUCAAAUAAGGUAUUCAUCUCCAUGGAUUGCCAAUUGCUUUAAGGUAUUUCGAUGUGGCAUUGCGAUUAUAGUUCUUCAUCAUGAAGCUUUUGAAUGAAAAAUGUACAUUUUAGAUUAACAACUUAAUGCUUAAAGCAAUGGCUUUAAGUCAAAGCAUUUAGCUCUUUGAUUAUUGAUAGUUAUUUGAGUAAAAGUGGAAGCUUGUUUAAAGGGAUGUUGAAUUGCCAAUAACAUGAGCAAUGGGGGCAUAGUUUGCUUCUAUUGUAGUAUUUAUGUAAUUAUAACAAGUUUUUAAAGGAAAUUUUUGGUUUUCUUCAUUGAAA